AAACCGGCAAGUACGUACCAAAGCAACCAAGGACUUGACUAGAUUUAGAUGUAACUAGAUUUAGACGUAACUCGUUUAUAUUUUUCGAUAAACGACCAAAGUUUUACUGAACCGGUGAAGACGAAUCGUUUUACCUUUUGGACGUUAGCGGCUGAAAAGUAAAACAACAACGCACUGACCCGAGGAAGGCUCUGAGCAGGGCAGCGGGGCCUGUGCUGGUUGGGGAGGGUCUGAGAUGGAUAGACUGAAGUUGUCCCACAUAGACGAGGAGCUGGACUCAUCUGAGGUUGCAGCGCUGUGCUUCCUGUGUCUCGGUAUAGUCAACAGGAAACGCAUGGAGGGGAUCAAGGAUGCGAAACAGCUGUUCUUGAGACUAGAAGAGAACGGCCUGCUGGAUGACGGCGCCUUCCUCGCUGAGCUGCUCCACACUAUCCGUCGUGCAGAUCUCCUCAGCCUCCUGGAGACAGACAGCAGGCGACCAGAGGAAACGGAUGCGAGACCCACCUUGUCGCCGUACAGGGUGAUGCUGUACCGAAUAUAUGAGGACAUGACUACGGAGAAUUUUGAGAAGAUGAAGUUUCUUUUGAGCAGCAAAUUGGGCAGAAGACAAAUCGAGGCCAGUGAUACAGCACUGGAUUUGUUUGUUGAAAUGGAAAAGGCUGAUUUACUGUCACCUACAAAGCUUAAAGACAUGCAUGCAGUACUGAAGGAGUUUGAUCAACAACUGGCGCUGACUGUAAAGCGCUACAUGGACGAGGUACUCCAACAGAAUCCAACUAGAGUUCCUCCUCUUCCUCCUCGUGUCAGUAUGGAUUACCAGAGGGUCAACAACGGCUCUCAGCAAACACCGUCCACCCUGUCGAUAUCUGAGACUCGGCCCAGUCGAGAGAGGAUUUACUCUGAUGCACAACCAAACAGACAGCCCCCCUCUGUUGCCAAUGAGAUGGAGUACUACAAUCUGAAUCAUAACCCCCGUGGUUUGUGUGUGGUCAUCAACAAUGAGAAAUUUUUGGGAGAAGAGUUGAAAGAUCGAGGGGGAACUCAGGAGGAUGCGAAUGUUCUGCAAUCGGUGUUCUCCCUCCUCGGCUUUACAGUGGUGGUUCACAACAACCUGACUGCUGGCAGCAUACAGAGUGAACUGACAGAGCUGGGCAAAAAGGACUUUUUGGAUCAUGAUGCCUUGGUGGUGUGUGUGCUCUCCCAUGGAGAAAAGGGAUGUGUCUUUGGGACCGAUGAGAAGAAAGUGAAACUGCGAGAACUGACGUCUCCCUUCACGAGUAAGAAUGCCCCCACCUUGGCCGGGAAGCCCAAACUGUUCUUCAUCCAGGCGUGCCAGGGGGGCAGCUACCAGGAAGGAGCCGUGCCGUGUCCCCCGAGGCCAGGAGAGGAGGAGGUCAGAGAGCCCAGCCUGGAGGAAGAUGCAGGUCCUGUCCACGGCGAGACGGUGGCUUGGGACGCUGACUUCCUGAUGGGCAUGGCCACCGUGCCAGAGUGCAAGUCAUUUCGAAACACUUCCACAGGCUCCAUCUACAUCCAGGAGCUGUGCAGACAGCUGAUGAAAUAUGCAGAAAGCGAGGAGAAGGACGAUAUCCUCUCUGUCCUGACCCGUGUGAACCGUGAGGUCGGCAAAGGAGAGUAUCUGUCACACAAGCAGAUGCCGGAGCCCAAGUACACACUGACCAAGAAGCUGGUCCUCAAAUAUGUCUGAGCCGCCCGGGACAAAGUGCUACGCUGGAAAUGUGCCAUAUUAUUCAUGUGUGUGAGUGUGUGUGUGAGUGUGAGAGAUGUCUUUGUAGGGUACUGAUGGAUAAAUGAAUUGAAAGUGUCUGUGUCUUUGUAAUUUCCCUGAGAACUCAAUUUUAGUCUUCCUGUGUCAUUUAUGAAAUAUAAAACAAAAAGACAACAUAUGAAACUUUCUUUCUUUUUCUCUCAUGGUCUCAUGGUGCCAUUAUUACAGACCACAAACCAACAGCUGUAGAAGAACGUGUGAACUCAGUUUAAACUAAAUAAAUUUAUAGUGCAUUUAAUUUAAAAAAAAAAAAAAAAAGAUUAUUCUUCCUUUAAAAUGAGUUUUACUUGUUUUAGUGGAUGUUGGAGUCAGUAUUAGUUGUAAAAACCCAGUAAAGUAAAGUGAGUAAAGACACAGACAUAUCAGUAAAAUGUACUGGGGAGACAAAUUGUAAUGUUUACAUACAAACUAUUUUGAUAUUAAAGUCGGGGGGGGGAAUUAACGAAGUACAUUAAGUUGAGUAUCUGUACUUGAGUUUGUUUUUGUUUCUAAACUUGUGACUUUUUCUCCACUACACGUAAAGACAAGUAUUCUACUUUAGACUCAACUACAUUUUCUAUGAAGUACUUGUUCCUCUGAAGCAGAGCUUUAAGUCAAAGGAAUUUAUUUUAAUUUAUUUUUUUAAAUGUGAUAGACCAAACACUGUGGUCAUCGCAGGAGAAAAACCAAUCGCAGCCGACUCCUCGGUUAUGUUGUGCAGCUGCAUUUUUUGAACAGCUCAGAUUAAACUUGGCAGUGUCCCAGCGAUGGCUGCAUUAGAUGAGGCAGAAGUUUCCUCAGCAGAGCAACUUGGCUUUAUCUCAAGUCCAUGUUUGAAGUUUUAGAAAUAAAGAAAGAUUCCUUUUGAAUGUUUACCACAACCAAACUUCAUCACUGCCUUUGAAAAAAGAAAUACGAAAACGAUAAUAGCUCCUUUUGUUGAUUCAAAUGCUGUUUUAUGUUCUUUGUUUCAUGUGCUACAAGCUUUUUAUUCUGCAGUACUUUAACUCCAGUAAAAACUUGACAGAGAAACCUUCA